UGUCUUUGGUCUUUUAAACCGUGGUGGUGCACUAACACAGUUGAUCAAGAUCUCACUACAACAACACAAGAUUUCCUUUAAUGUGUCGUGGCGUGUGGACUGAGAAACACAUGAUAUUGACCUCAAGGCUGGUAUAUAAAGAAAUGUGCCAUGAUGUCAAGUAGAAGAUCUCAGAAUGCUGAAGAACAUCACAUUGCUGCUUGCAAUAAUUUCCUGUAGUGUGGGAGUGCAGCCCACCCUCAGACUAGGGAGACCAGUAGGUCGAAUUGUAGGAGGCCAUGAUGCCAGAAAAGGUGAGUUCCCAUACCAGAUCUCUCUGCAGCAAGUCGUACUGAUCAUCCUCCGGCAGCACAUCUGUGGUGGUUCCAUUAUCAGUCCGUCCUGGGUGGUAACAGCUGGUCACUGUAUUCCUGAAUAUGGAACACUUGAGGUGGUUGCUGGUGAACACAAUCUGAACUCCAACGAAGGCACUGAACAGACAGUGCGUGUUUCUCAGGCAAUUGUUCACCCAAGAUUUGAAGGAGAUGUGGCUCCUUAUGACAUAGCUUUGGUGAAGCUGCAAUCUCCACUGGUAUUUGAUGAACAUGUUCAACCAAUUUCACUCCCUGUUCCUGAUUCAAUUCCAUCGGGUAAUUCCAUACUCUCUGGAUGGGGUAGCAUCAGUACUACCAAUAACCCAAGUAUGCCAGCCAAUCUGCAGACGGCAGAUCUGCCUAUUAUUGAUUACGACACUUGUUUGGAGACUUACGGAAGUGACUCCCCCUUGGAUCCCAGCAAUGUCUGCACUGGGCCUCUUAGUGGAGGCUUUUCAGCUUGCUCUGGCGAUUCCGGUGGCCCACUGGUCAAAGAACAACCUGACGGAAGCCGAGAAUUGAUUGGUAUUGUAUCGUGGGGUGUAAUCCCUUGUGGCCAAAGCAAUGCACCUUCUGUCUACACUCGUGUGUCUGCUUAUAUUGACUGGAUAAAUGACAAUGCCCAAUAAUUGCAAUUCCUCAGAACAAAACAUGUACAAGUCAUAAAUAUAUUCAUAAAUGAAAUCUGUAACUGAAAUAGAAUAAUAAGUAUUGUUUUGUUUUGUUUA